AGGCGUCAGCCGCUCUAUAAAGGAGCUGCAGCUUCUCCUCAGUCUGCCCCCUCAAACCAGACUCAGAGUCUUCCCAACAGCAACACCAGGUGUGAAGAAACUUUUAAAAGGAAGCUGCAGCCAUGCUCGCUCCAGGCGUCUGCAUGGACAUCAUCAGCGCUCGUCACUCUAAAGACGGAUAUGGAACUGUUUCCAACCCCGAGAAGUUCCUGAACCAGGACUUCCAGCAGCUGAAGGAGUACUGCGUCAUCCGCCGGGUGAGGUUCAUCGACGACAUGUUCCCCCCCGACCACCGCUCCAUCGGCAGGGACGUCCUGCAGCCGGCCGACCUGGUCCGGGUGGAGUGGGUCAGACCGUCGAAAAUAGUUCCCAACCCUUCCUUCAUUGUUGACGGAGUCUCCAGAUUUGACUUUGGCCAAGGAAUGGUUGGAAACUGCUGGUUUCUUGCCUCCAUCGGAGCGCUGACCUUCCAGGACUUGGUCCUGAAACAAGUCGUUCCUCUUGAGCAAACAUUUGAUGAAGAUUACUGCGGCCUGUUCCACUUCAGGUUCUGGAGGUUUGGAAAAUGGGUCGACGUAGUCAUUGACGAUAAGCUGCCAACAAUCAACGGCCAGUUAAUUUUUGUCCACUCUAAGAACCCGACUGAGUUCUGGCCCGCUCUGAUGGAGAAGGCCUACGCCAAGGUCUGUGGCUCCUAUGCAGACAUGAAUGCAGGAACUCCAGUGGAGGCCUUGGUGGACUUCACCGGCGGCGUCCACAUGUGUGUGCAGCUGUCUGAGCCGCCUGCAGACCUGUGGGAGCUGAUGUGCAGAGCCGGCCAGGCCACGUCGCUGAUGGGCUGCGGGACUCCGCAGGGAGAGACUUCUGCCAACACUGUCUUACCAAACGGCCUAGUUCAAGGCCACGCCUACGCUGUCACUGGAGUCAAGGAGGUGCUGAGCAGAGCGAAGGCUGAGCGUCUGGUGCGUCUGUGGAACCCCUGGGGCCAAGGAGAGUGGAGCGGAGACUGGAGCGACCGGUCGCCUCUGUGGCAGACGGUGAGUCCUCAGGAUCGGGAAACCUGCCUUUCAGUGCGUGAAGACGGCGAGUUCUGGAUGACUCUGCAGGAUUUCUGUAAGUUUUACUCUGACCUGGACAUCUGCUGCUCGUGUCCGGACUUCCUCGAUGGGAGCUCGUCCUGUCACUGGAAAUCCUCGUUUUACGAAGGCCGAUGGGUCGCAGGGAUCUCAGCUGGAGGCUGCAUGAAUCACCCUGGGACCUUCUGGACCAAUCCGCAGUACCGGGUGGAGGUUGCAGGCUCAGACAGUCAGGGUGAGAAGAACGUGCUGGUGUCUCUCAUGCAGAAGCCGGACAAGAGGAACAGGCGGCUGGUCCAGAACCUCCACAUCGGCUUCUCUGUGUUUGAGGUGCCUAAAGAAUUCAGGGCUGUGAGGGGGAAAUUCCCAGCCCAUUUCUUCAGCACAAACAAGCCGGUGGCUCAGUUGGAGAACUACCCCAACGCGCGGGAGGUGAUGCAGCUGCUGAGCCUGAAGCCCGGAGAGUUCCUGAUCGUCCCGUCCACCUACAGCCCCAACGAGACGGCGUCCUUCAUCCUCACCGUGCUGUCCAAGACCGAGACACACGUCUAUGAGAGUUCUGGUGGAAACGACCCGGAUCAGGUGGAGACAGAGAAGCCCUCUGCUCCGGUCAGCGCAGUGGUGGAAGACAGUAACAGAACCCUGUUCCGACAGUACUCUGACAAGUACGAAGAAGUGGACGCCGAGCAGCUGCAGAGCCUCCUGAACGGCAAAAUCCUGCGAGGUGACCUGAAGUCUGGCGGCUUCAGCACCGACGCCUGCCGCAGCAUGGUGGCCCUCAUGGACACAUCCAUCACUGGGAAGCUGAACAGUGAGGAAUUUGUCAGUUUGUGGAGGAAGAUUGUCUCGUACAAGGACAUCUUCUCUCACUGCGACGUCUCUCAGACGGGGACGCUGUCGCUCAGCGAGCUGAGGAAGGCCAUCAUGGCUUCAGGAAAGACGAUCAGUGACGGCAUGCUGAACAUCAUGGCUCUGCGCUACGGCGCCUCCUCUGGAUUCAUAACGCUGGAGAACUUCAUCGCUUUGGUCCUUCGAUUUGACCGCAUGUACCAAAUAUUCAGAGAGUUAUCUGAUGGAGGAGCCGUGACUCUUCGCGAACCAGAGUGGAUGAACCUUGUGAUGUAUUCCUAACCUGGAAAAGAAGAGCCGAACAGGAAACGAUGGAGCAGAGCGAACGUCUUCUUACGUCACUGACAGCACCGCUGAACAUGUUUUUUAAACAUUUCUGAAAAAAUAUCCAGGUCAUAUUUACUGAAAACAUGUAAUAUGUGAAAGUUUGAUGAAAAUCCUGACUUUGAGAACAUUUAUUCACUUAAGAAAGUAAUUCCACAUUAAGAAAUAAAUAUUGUUUAACAAAAUUGCUUGCUUUUCUGAUGACAAUUCAUAUAAAAUAAAAUGUGGUAUGAGACCC